AUGAAGCCUCGCCACUUGCAAAUGAUUGCCAUUGGUGGUUCCAUCGGUGCUGGUUUCUUCGUCGGUUCCGGUUCCGCCCUCACCAAGGGUGGCCCCGGCUCUCUCCUCAUCUGCUUCCUCAUCGCCGGUGUCAUGAUCUUCAACGUUGUCUACGCUCUCGGCGAGCUUGCUGUCCUCUACCCGGUCUCCGGUGGUUUCUACACGUACUCUAUCCGCUUCCUCGACCCUUCUUGGGGUUUCGCCAUGGGCUGGAAUUAUGUCUUCCAAUGGGUCAUCGUCUUACCGCUCGAACUAACGGUCGCCUCCUUCACGGUACAAUACUGGAAUAAAGAAAUUAGCGUGGCCGUUUGGAUUACUGUUUUCUGGGUCUUCAUCAUCAUCAUCAACAUCUUUGGAACUUUGGGCUUCGCCGAGGAGGAAUUCUUCUCCUCGGCGUUCAAGCUCUUUGCUACCGUCAUCUUCAUGGUCGUCGCUGUCGUUCUUAUUUGUGGCGGCGGCCCUGAGGGCGGCAAGUACGAUGAAUACUGGGGCAACCGACUCUGGAGCGACCCCGGUGCGUUCCAGAACGGUUUCCGUGGUUUCUGCUCCGUCUUCGUCACCGCUGCCUUUGCUUUCUCCGGUACCGAGCUCGUUGGUCUGGCCGCUGCCGAAUCCGCCAACCCCGCCAAGGCCCUCCCUGGUGCCAUCAAGCAGGUCUUCUGGCGUAUCACCCUCUUUUAUAUCUUGGGUCUUACCUUCGUUGGUCUCCUUGUCAGCUCCACCGAUGACCGUCUUUUGAACUCCAGCAACCCUUACGCCGAUGGUAUUUCUCCUUUCGUCCUGGCUCCUUUCGAUGCCCAUCUUUAUGGAUACGACAGCUUCAUGAACGUUGUCAUUCUCGUUUCCGUCAUCUCCAUCGGCGUUUCUUGCGUCUACGGCGGCUCCCGCACCCUGACUGCCCUUGCCCAGCAGGGAUACGCCCCCAAAAUCUUCGCCUACAUUGACAGGUCCGGCCGCCCUCUCUAUUCCGUCGGUCUCAACCUUGCCUUCGGUGGCUUGGCCUACGUCCGUAUGGCCUCCUCCGGCGGUGUCGUCUUUGACUGGCUUCUGUCUCUCUCUGGUCUUGCCGCUCUCUUCACCUGGGGUUCUAUCUGCGCCGCCCAUAUUCGUUUCCGUUCCGCAUGGAAGGCUCAGGGCCACACUCUCGACGAGCUUCCAUUCCAAGCCAUCGGUGGUGUCCUUGGCUCUUGGCUUGGCCUCAUUCUGGUUGUUGUCUGCCUGGUUGCCCAGCUCUUCGUUGCUAUCUGCCCUCCUGGCAGCAACGGCUACGCCACUGCAGAGGAGUUCUUCAUUUCUUACCUUGCUUUCCCCGUCGUCCUUUUCUUCUGGGCCUGCGGUUACCUCUGGAAGCGCAAGGGCUUCUUGAAGCUCUCCGAGAUCGACCUCGACACCGGUCGCCGCGAGGUUGACUGGGACGCGAUUAAUGCCCACCGCGCCAAGGUCGCCGCCUGGCCCAAGUGGAGACAGGUGCUCAAUACCAUCUUUUAG